AACAACAUUUUACGUAGAUGUGAAAUUUGCAGCGAUAUGGAAGAUAAAGCAGCAGUGCCCACUGCAGACGCUGCCACCGAGACAGAGGCCGGCUCGAGUAAUUUGAUUGUUCCAAUGAAUAGUCCUACGCAUACAGCUGUUACAGUAGAUUCCAUACCGACAACUUCCGGUAUGUUGGCUUCCAGUUCAGGCGUUGAAAGCUUGAGCACAACAGCCGCUGCUGACUUAGAUGCUGAUGCAGAGCGUUGUUGCUGGAUUUGUUUUGCUACGGAUGAGGAUAACAGAUUGGCGGCUUGGGUGCAGCCAUGCCAGUGUCGUGGAACCACCAAGUGGGUGCAUCAAAGCUGUCUGUAUCGCUGGAUCGAUGAAAAGACACAAAAGGGCAAUACGCUGCGAUCGGUAUCAUGCCCGCAGUGCCAAACUGAGUACAUUAUUGUGUUCCCACAAAUGGGCAAACUGGGAGGUGCCUUAGAAGCCAUGGACAAUCUGGUUAAGCGUCUAAGCCCAUUUUUGGCAGCGGGCUUCUUUGUUGGCUCAAUCUACUGGACAGCCGUAACCUAUGGUGCCGUAACGUUCCUUCAGAUCGUUGGACAUGAUCAUGGCAUGUCUAUAAUGGAAAGUGGCGAUCCGCUGGUGCUACUAAUAGGUCUGCCCGCAAUACCAGUUGGCCUGGUACUAGGCAGAUUAAUACGCUGGGAAGAUGCGCUGUUGCGUUUAAUACGCAAUCGUGGCACCGUCAUGCGAAAAUUUCCUUUUGUUAAUUUUAUAUAUCCAAGCCCCAAUCACGAGGAGGAGCUGCCGAGCUCAUCCAAUCCAGCAACUCCGGCGCUAUCGGAUCCAGUCUCAGCAACGCGAAUCUUCUGUGGGGCCAUGCUGCUGCCCACAAUCUCGUGCAUUGUUGGACGCAUAUUGUUUGACUCUGUAGAGAAUACACUACAUCGCACACUGCUCGGUGGUCUCACCUUCAUUACAGUCAAGGGCAUGCUGAAAAUCUAUUUAAAACAGAAACAAUACGCUCGUCGCAAGAAGCGCCGCAUUGUAGACUACACCGAGGAGAAUAUUCGUAAUUUCAUGCAUCGCAACAACAAUGCGGGUUCCGCUAAUCAACAACAACAGCAGCAGCAGCAGCAGCAACAACAACAACAACAGCAGCAGCAGCAGCAGCAGCAGCAGCCUGUAUUGCCUAUGUCGCGUCUUGCCGCUGCUGCUGUGGCUGCCCGCGAGCGUGAUCAGCAACCUAAUGGAGACAGUGUUGUUUAGAAGCCACAUUCGCAUAGCCUGGACAUUCAAUUAUGAAGCUGAACUCUAUAAUUGUUUGACAAGUUCCGUUUUGAUUUAAGUUCAAUUUGUUUUAACACUCGGUAGUCGUUGGCAAACAAAAUUAGAAGAUAAUAUAAUGCAUAUAAUUAACAUAUACAUGUAUACAUGUCUACGAAAUUUUCUAUACGUAUGUGCUUAUGUAAAGAAAAUUAAUUGCUUGUUUAGAAUGUACAAUGAUAGGUAAACACAUGUUGCUUGCCCAAAAUUUUUGUUAACAAUAAUAAAUAAGAAACUGAAAAUUGCA